AGCCAGCUCCCGUUCUCUGUGCACCCAGAUGAGCAACCGGCUGGUGCAUGGUCCGCGAUGGCGAGCCCGACUGAUACCACCUUCGGCCCAAACUCGGGCUUCGACUUUCAGUUGAACGCUAUGGGGGCGGUGGACUCGGUUCUUGCUGCCCCUUUGCCCCUGCCUACGCACGGGUUCUUCGCAGCGGCUGAAGUUAGAAGACUUAGCACUCCUGAUACGAGGAGAUUGAGUGUCAUCUCGACUGGAACUGCCGUCUCCAGUGCGAGCUCGGUCAAGAGCGCGAACACCGGAACAUUUGGGAACUACACAACAAAGGGCGACGGCAACACGAGCACUCCGCCUACGCACCGCGGUCUUAGGCACAAGACAAGCAUGCAGGCCCUGCCCGAGCAGAAGCCUAUGCCAACGGCGACGACACUGCCAGCACUCCCUGCAGUGCCUUUGAGCCUGAACCCCAGCGUCGCUGGCUCAAAUAAGCGUAAAUCAAAGAACGCAAGCCGCGCGCCGUCUUCGGCAUCGACGAGCCGCGUUCCCCUCCCACGCCAACAUUCCAACGAAGGACGACGCGAGAGACCAGUUUCCUGGGUUUCCGUGACGAGCGACUCAUCCGGUACCGGUUCCGGUCGCCGUCCAAGUUCGUGGUUUGUGAACAACAAUGGAAUGACGCCGUUGCCGCCUGGUGUGCAGCUUGACAGAAGAGGGAGUAUAUUGGGUGCGCCGACGCCGCCGCCGGUUGGGCCGUUACCGCCUCCCCCUCCAAGUAAGAUGAGAACUGUUGAGAGCAGAGAAGAGUAGAGAAUGAUAGUAUACACAAGAUAUAUACGAUGAAGAUGUGGGAAGGGUAGGGUAUUGGUAAUUCUGGCAUUAGUAAGGACACUGGACAUGGCGCGAUUUUCUUACAUAUAGGGUAUACUUCUUAGUAUCAGCUGAUCAGUGAAUAAUAAGAGAAAGAGAGGAUACGAUUGAACUAC